AUGGGUACUGAGAAAGAACCGCACAAUGACGACGAAAAGGCUGUCUAUGCGACACAGGAGACAGAACAAGAUUUGAGUACAGAAGAAUGUACUGACUUCCAAGUGUCCCCGGAAGCAGAGCGUCGGCUGCUCUGGAAGCUAGAUCUUUUACAAAUCAGUAUGCUUCCAACAAUGGGCAUUUGCUACAUGCUGCAAUAUAUGGAUAAACUCGCACUUAGUCAGGCAACUCUUUUGAAUUUGCGACAAGAUCUUGUCACCUGGCAGGGUCUUAUUGGCAACCAAUAUACUUGGUGCUCCGUCGUCUUCUACUUCGGUUAUCUUGCAGGGAGUAUACCUACAUCCUACUUGAUGGUGCGUCUUCCUCUAGGGAAAUACGUGUCUACAUCGGUAUUUCUGUGGGGUGGAAUCCUCAUGUGCCAUGCAGCCUGCCAGAACUACGGAGGAUUAGUUACUGCUAGAUUUUUCCUUGGCGUUGGUGAGGCUGCAGUUGCUCCAGGCUUUGGUCUCAUCACAGGAAUGUUUUACAAGAGAGAAGAGCAGCCAGCACGACAAGCAGCCUGGUUCAUCGGUAACUGUAUCGCGAACAUUAUCGGCGGUGUCGUCGCAUGGGGAAUUGGAAAUUCGGCGUCGGGACUGCAAAGCUGGCGCCUUUUGUUUCUCGUGCUUGGAGGCAUCACCUCGGGUUAUGCCCUCAUCCUCUUCUUCAUUCUCCCCGACUCCCCCGCCAAAGCAUCUUUCCUCUCGGAGUCCGAACGAACAAUUGCAGUACAGCGAACACUCCAGAACAAGACUGGUUCUGCAGCGGUGACGGAAGAAUUCCUUUGGGAUCAAGUGAUCGACGCUAUACUGGACCCCCAGGCCUGGCUCCUCAUCCUGUACACCUUCUGCGUGAAUCUGGCGAAUGGUGGACUUACAAGCUUCUCCACUAUUAUCAUCGCAGGCUUUGGGUACUCGAACUUUGAGUCCCUGUUGCUGCAGAUGCCCAUGGGACUUUGUCAACUUAUAUUCUUGAUACUGACCGCACUCAUCGCAACCUACAUCCGAUCCUCGCGUAUAAUGUCCAUGAUUUUGAACGUAGUAGUUUCCGUCAUUGGAGUCGUUCUAAUUUACACGCUCGAUGACUCCCAAAAGGUUGUCAAACUGGUCGGCCUGUGCUUUGUUGCUACAUUCGCUGCUAAUAUCCCACUGAGUCUGAGUAUCAUCACCUCGAAUGUCGCGGGAACGACCAAGCGGAGCAUGCUCAGUGUUAGUCUUUUCAUCGCUUACUGCGUGGGCAACAUUGUGGGGCCACAGUUUUAUUACGCUUCACAGGAGCCAGUUUACUCAAGUGGGAUCGAAGCGACUUUAUGCGGGCUGGUUCUCGGCGUAUUCUUCCUAGGCUGUUUAUUCGUCUACUAUAUUUGGGAGAACAAGAGACGGGAUCGGCAACAUGGGGUGAUGAACGAAGGGCUUGAUGUUCAUGAUCUUGUCGAGGAGCAGAACAGGAAAACUGAUAGGCAGAUACCUGGGUUUCGCUACACCAUAUAA